AUGAAUUCCAUUCUAUCAACUGUCUUCGCCAUUUUGGCGGUGAACGUGACUAUUUCUGCAAUAGUUGCCAUGGCCUUUGGUUGGGGAUACCGUGCUUCGGAUCAACGUCGCUGGGCCGUACUUCAUCCUGCUUGCGGCGGAAGACAGCAAUCUCCAAUUGCCAUCGCUGCCCGUCAAGCUAUUCCCAUAUCUAUCCCAGCUAUGGAACUCAUCGGAUACCAAAACCCUCUCCCCGGACCACUGACCAUCACUAAUAACGGCCACUCUGUCGCGCUAACCAUACCAAAGUAUUCGUCUGAAGAGGAGAAAAAGGGCUUCCGUCUGCCAUACAUCUUCGGCGGUCCUCUCGAUAAUGAGUAUGAAAUCGAAGGCCUUCAUUUCCACUGGGGUGACAAGAACAACCGCGGUUCUGAACAUACCCUGAACGACAUGCGCCUCCCCCUUGAAAUGCACAUCAUCCAUAGGAACAAGAAAUACCGCAGUCUGGCUGAAGCUCUCCAACAUCCCGAUGGUCUUUGCGUCCUUGCUUUCUUCUACCAGGUGGUCGAAUUCGACGCUAAGCUGUUAACUCCCAUUGUCAAGAACCUGUCUGCCAUUGAAAACUACAACACCAGCAUGCAGCUCCCCCAUACAUUCUCCCUCUCAUCAAUUCUCUCCGGUCUCGACACUGAGCGUUUCUAUACCUACAAAGGUUCCCUCACCACCCCCCCUUGCGCUGAAGCCGUCACAUGGGUCGUCUUCUCCGAUUACCUUCCAAUCUCCGUUUUCCAGAUGGACAACUUCCGUGGUCUCCUUUCCAACCUGAACCUGCCUCUUGUUGACAACUUCAGACAAUUGCAACCAUUAUUCGGUAGACGCAUCUUCGUUCGCAUUACAUCUAAGAAUCCCAAAUUCAAGAAGACCAAGCUCCACUACUCCAAAUGGGACUGGGUUGGCCACAAGAAGACCGAAAAUGACGUCACUGAAUUCGAUGACUAA